AUGUGCUGUUUCUCAUAUAAAGGUACCUCAGUCACUAGGGUGACGGCAACAGACGCAGAUGACCCAGUCUAUGGAAACAGUGCUAAACUUGUGUACAGCAUACUGGACGGACAGCCUUACUUCUCCAUAGACCCCAACACUGGUGAGUGGAUUGCCAUGGUGAAAUACUAAAUCAAAACAAAGUUUAUUUGUCACAUGCACAGGAUAUAGAGGGUGUAAACAGUACAGUGAAAUGCUUACUUGCAGCUUUUUCUUCAACAGCGCAAAAUAAAUGUAAACUUCAGGGUCAUGACAUGUAACCUUGUUGACCCUGAACAGAUACAAUCCUUUCUCCACGGUUUGAUGGCAGUCAAAACAUCACAAGUGUUGUUUCAGCUAAAUGUACAGAUUGAAUACAUAUUAUCCAUACAUGGACAAUUACUCAGCAUACAGAUUAUAGUUGCAUUUUGAGGAUAUAACUCCCAACAAGAUAUUCAAGGACUGUUACAUUUAAAUGACAGUGCUAUCUUUUUUAAUUCCAUCUGCCGUCUGCUUAUUCUUCAACCUUGACUCUGUUGUUUUCCUAAUUGCAUUUUCAGCCGACUUGUUAACAGUGUGUCUGUAAGCAACAUGAUUAAAUAAUGGUGAAAUUACAUUAAUAAGCAAUGCGAUGGAAAUCAACUGCUCACAAUUUGGAAAAACAACAUAUAAUAAACAAGCUCUAAAAACGUCAAAACCGUAUGUACAUAAUACAUAUGAAGACGUAGCUUUACAUAUAAAAACCCUGUUUCCUUCUCAACAACAUUAUGCAUUUUAAUCACUCACCUCUACCAUAAUAAAAUGGAGAAGUUAUAGUGAAUCUAUGAAAGGACCAUUUGAGGAUCAGCGUGUACGCUUUGCAUGAUUACUGAGCACAUGCAGAUGGCUCAUUCAAGUGAGCCAGAUGUGUUAAUGAAUGUUAAUGACAAGUAAAAGGUAAGGGAAAAACAAACAUUAUAAUCCAUUUGACACUUCCAACACCAGGAAGGAAAUGAAAUGCAUUUGAUAAAUAAAUAAACAUCAUGCCCCAAUCCAUCACUUGGUUAAUGGAUGGUAGAAAAUAUCUUAGCAAAUAUCUAUGGAAAUGAGUGUUUGUCUUUCCACCCUUUUCAGUGAUUAGGAAUUAAUUUGAAUAGCUAACGAUGAUCAACAGAGAUGACAGUAGAGUGAGUAACAGAGGAUGACUGAAGUGUGUGUGCAUGUGUGUUUGGUGUGGUGCGUGCGUGUGUGUGUUUGUGUGUGUGUAUGUGUGUCUGCGUGCACUUUUUUUAGGGAGAGUUGUUUUUACCUGCUUCAAAGUCAUAUGCAUAGUGUAAAAAACAUUUUUCAAGACAGUGUAGCAUACAUGUUAUUACUCUGAUAAUACAGUCUAAAUCACCCCCCCCCCCCCCCCCCCCCCCCCCCCCCCAACAAUAGUGAAAAAAUAUAUUUUUUUAAGUGGUGCAGUGAGAAUAUGUGAAUUAAUCUCUUAGCUGAGAGUGCAUUGUCUCAGGCAUAAUAUGACCAAAGCUGUCAGGCCAAAAAAUACCUUCAUUUAUUUGAUUAUCCUGCAGGCCUCUGUUUUCUGAGUGGAUUAUCCUUGCACUGAGCUCUUCUUAUUCUGCACUGUGCCACUGCAGCCAAUAAGGUCCAUUCUGCAUACAAUAUAUUUUUUUAUACAGUAUAUACAGUGGGGAGAACAAGUAUUUCAUACACUGCCGAUUUUGCAGGUUUUCCUACUUACAAAGCAUGUAGAGGUCUGUAACUUUUAUCAUAGGUACACUUCAACUGUGAGAGAUGGAAUCUAAAACAAAAAUCCAGAAAAUCACAUUGUAUGACUUUUAAGUAAUUAAUUUGCAUUUUAUUGCAUGACAUAAGUAUUUGAUCACCUACCAACCAGUAAGAAUUCCGGCUCUCACAGACCUGUUAGUUUUUCUUUAAGAAGCCCUCCUGUUCUCCACUCAUUACCUGUAUUAACUGCACCUGUUUGAACUCGUUACCUGUAUAAAAGACACCUGUCCACACACUCAAUCAAACAGACUCCAACCUCUCCACAAUGGCCAAGACCAGAGAGCUGUGUAAGGACAUCAGGGAUAAAAUUGUAGACCUGCACAAGGCUGGGAUGGGCUACAGGACAAUAGGCAAGCAGCUUGGUGAGAAGGCAACAACUGUUGGCGCAAUUAUUAGAAAAUGGAAGAAGUUCAAGAUGACGGUCAAUCACCCUCGGUCUGGGGCUCCAUGCAAGAUCUCACCUCGUGGGCCAUCAAUGAUCAUGAGGAAGGUGAGGGAUCAGCCCAGAAAUACACGGCAGGACCUGGUCAAUGACCUGAAGAGAGCUGGGACCACAGUCUCAAAGGAAACCAUUAGUAACACACUACGCCGUCAUGGAUUAAAAUCCUGCAGCGCACGCAAGGUCCCCCUGCUCAAGCCAGCACAUGUCCAGGCCCGUCUGAAGUUUGCCAAUGACCAUCUGGAUGAUCCAGAGGAGGAAUGGGAGAAGGUCUAAACUCCACUAAACUCCACUUGCCGUGUUUGGAGGAAGAAAAAGGAUGAGUACAACCCCAAGAACACCAUCCCAACCGUGAAGCAUGGAGGUGGAAACAUCAUUCUUUGGGGAUGCUUUUCUGCAAAGGGGACAGGACGACUGCACUGUAUUGAGGGGAGGAUGGAUGGGGCCAUGUAUUGCGAGAUCUUGGCCAACAACCUCCUUCCCUCAGUAAGAGUAUUGAAGAUGGGUCGUGGCUGGGUCUUCCAGCAUGACAACGAUCCGAAACACACAGCCAGGGCAACUAAGGAGUGGCUCCGUAAGAAGCAUCUCAAGGUCCUGGAGUGGCCUAUCCAGUCUCCAGACCUGAACCCAAUAGAAACACACAGCCAGGGCAACUAAGGAGUGGCUCCGUAAGAAGCAUCUCAAGGUCCUGGAGUGGCCUAGCCAGUCUCCAGACCUGAACCCAAUAGAAAAUCUUUGGAGGGAGCUGAAAGUCCGUAUUGCCCAGCGACAGCCCCGAAACCUGAAGGAUCUGGAGAAGGUCUGUAUGGAGGAGUGGGCCAAAAUCCCUGCUGCAGUGUGUGCAAACCUGGUCAAGACCUACAGGAAACGUAUGAUCUCUGUAAUUGCAAACAAAGGUUUCUGUACGAAAUAUUAAGUUCUGCUUUUCUGAUGUAUCAAAUACUUAUGUCAUGCAAUAAAAUGCAAAUUAAUUACUUAAAAAUCAUACAAUGUGAUUUUCUGGAUUUUUGUUUUAGAUUCCGUCUCUCACAGUUGAAGUGUACCUAUGAUAAAAAAUUACAGACCUCUACAUGCUUUGUAAGUAGGAAAACCUGCAAAAUCGGCAGUGUAUCAAAUACCUGUUCCCCCCACUGUAUAUUUUAUUCUCUGUAAUACUACUAGCCACCUAACAAUUUUAUGAAGUUGGCUUUAGCUUGUCCAGAUACGUUCCCAAUCUCCCAACCUCAUAACUAGCUACCAAGAAGCCAUUUCAGGCUAUCAAUCAAGUUACAGCAGCUAGCUUGUCUAACUAUCUUAGCUGGCAUGCCUGCUGGCAAGGUUGGUAGACUUAAGAAAAGCAAGCAAAAUACUAAAUGCACUGAGUAAGACUCACAUUCCAUUCAGUCUUUUACCCAGAUUUUAGCAGAGAUGCAGAGAAUCAUGUUUAGCUUCUUUAAAAAAAUAACCACCAGUCAGGAGGAUAUAGACAGCUCAAUAGGUAUGCUUAGAUAUGCAGAAAAAUAUACAUAUUUUUUCACAUAAAAUUAAGCAUAAUAAUUAAGGCUCUAGAUUGCAGGUGUUUGAAAAAAAUUCUCCACCCCUCAGCCAUCCUCACGUACUUUGUGUCCCCUCAGAUUUCUGGGGUGCAUGAUGCACCUGGACAGCAUAAUUCCCAUUCAAUCAGAAUACAAAUUACUUGCAGACAGCAGUACAACACUCCAGCAAACAAACACAUUGAUUUGCAAUGCCAUCCACAGAAUCAGAGCUUCUCUCCAGGUGUUCUGUCCGAAAUUCCACUGCUGUUUAAUAAAAUAAGUGCUUAAAAGUUUGUUAUGAAGGAUACUGCAACACUCUUAAAGGUGCAAUGAAACAAUCAUGUAAAGCGUUAUGAAUGCCUUUGUAUACCCCAUUCAAAUUAUUUAUGUGUAUGUUCAUUUUUUGCAAUAACAAUAUAUUUGAUGUAAAAAUGUUUGCUUUCAGCGAUCAUUAAAAUUGCUUUACAUGGGAUGGAUCGAGAGAUGCGAGAGGAGUACCUAGUCGUCAUUCAAGCAAAAGACAUGGGUGGUCAUAUGGGAGGGUUGUCAGGGACAACAACAGUUACUGUCACACUAACAGAUGUCAAUGAUAAUCCGCCAAAGUUCUCAAAAAGUAAGCUAAAUGUCAAAUUCUUUCUUCAUAUACUAUAUUGUUAAAACCCAUUAUUGAUAAAUCUGAAUGUACAGUGAGGGAAAAAAGUAUUUGUUCCCCUGCUGAUUUUGUACGUUUUCCCACUGACAAAGAAAUGAUCAGUCUAUAAUUUUAAUGGUAGGUUAAUUUGAACAGUGAGAGACAGAAUAACAACAAAAAAAUCCAGAAAAACGCAUGUCAAAAAUGUUAUAAAUUGAAUUGCAUUUUAAUGAGUGAAAUAAGUAUUUGACCCCCUCUCAAUCAGAAAGAUUUCUGGCUCCCAGGUGUCUUUUAUACAGGUAAUGAGCUGAGAUUAGGAGCACACUCUUAAAGGAAGUGCUCCUAAUCUCAGUUUGUUACCUGUAUAAAAGACACCUGUCCACAGAAGCGAUCAAUCAAUCAGAUUCCAAACUCUCCACCAUGGCCAAGACCAAAGAGCUCUCCAAGGAUGUCAGGGACAAGAUUGUAGACCUACACAAGGCUGGAAUGGGCUACAAGACCAUCGCCAAGCAGCUUGGUGAGAAGGUGACAACAGUUGGUGCGAUUAUUCGCAAAUGGAAGAAACACAAAAUAACUGUCAAUCUCCCUCGGCCUGGGGCUCCAUGCAAGAUCUCACCUCGUGGAGUUGCAAUGAUCAUGAGAAUGGUGAGGAAUCAGCCCAGAACUACACGGGAGGAUCUUGUCAAUGAUCUCAAGGCAGCUGGGACCAUAGUCACCAAGAAAACAAUUGGUAACACACUACGCCGUGAAGGACUGAAAUCCUGCAGCGACCGCAAGGUCCCCCUGCUCAAGAAAGCACAUAUACAGGCCCGUCUGAAGUUUGCCAAUGAACAUCUGAAUGAUUCAGAGGAGAACUGGGUGAAAGUGUUGUGGUCAGAUGAGACCAAAAUGGAGCUCUUUGGCAUCAACUCAACUCUGUGUAUUUGGAGGAGGAGGAAUGCUGCCUAUGACCCCAAGAACACCAUCCCCACCGUCAAACAUGGAGGUGGAAACAUUAUGCUUUGGGGGUGUUUUUCUGCUAAGGGGACAGGGCAACUUCACCGCAUCAAAGGGACGAUGGACGGGGCCAUGUACCGUCAAAUCUUGGGUGAGAACCUCCUUCCCUCAGCCAGGGCAUUGAAAAUGGAUCGUGGAUGGGUAUUCCAGCAUGACAAUGACCCAUAACACACGGCCAAGGCAACAAAGGUGUGGCUCAAGAAGAAGCACAUUAAGGUCCUGGAGUGGCCUAGUCAGUCUCCAGACCUUAAUCCCAUAGAAAAUCUGUGGAGGGAGCUGAAGGUUCAAGUUGCCAAACGUCAGCCUCAAAACCUUAAUGACUUGGAGAAGAUCUGCAAAGAGGAGUGGGACAAAAUCCCUCCUGAGAUGUGUGCAAAGCUGGUGGCCAACUACAAGAAACAUCUGACCUCUGUGAUUGCCAAAAAGGGUUUUGCCACCAAGUACUAAGUCAUGUUUUGCAGAGGGGUCAAAUACUUAUUUCCCUCAUUUUUUUGUUGUUAUUCUGUCUCCCACUGUCCAAAUAAACCUACCAUUAAAAUUAUAGACUGAUCAUGUCUUUGUCAGUGGGCAAACGUACAAAAUCAGCAGGGGAUCAAAUACUUUUUUCCCUCACUGUAUUUGAUGUUCUUUUGCUGCGUAAUGUUUUUUCAUGAAUUUCCACAAUAAUCAGAAUUGUACUAGUUAUAUAGAUGCAUAGAUAAGGAUACAUCUACUGUUAGGGUGAAAUAAUCAUUAUGUCCUAUUCUUCAGGUCUGUACGAGUUUGUGAUCCCAGAGGACCUUGGCAUUGGUAAACCUGGUGGCAAGGUAAAGGCAAAUGAUAGAGACAUUGGCGAGAACGCCAAAUCAACGUACAACAUCAUCGACGGUGAUGAGAAGGACGUCUUCGAGAUCACUACAGAUGCCCAGACUCAAGAGGGGAUCCUUCGGCUAAAGAAGGUAAGAACCUGACGCAAACUCCUCUGUCCUAAGGUUCCACCAACAACCACAUAUCCUUAACAGCUUGAACUUAAACAAGGUCCAAAUAGUAGGUUGCAAGACGUGGUAUCAAAGGAGGUAGGUCGUUCAUACAAGCUACAGAUCAGAGCUAUAUAUCUAGACUGAUUUAAUUUAAAUUGACCAUGAAAAAAAUAAAUGCUAUAGUACUACAUAUACUGUAUGCUGCAAAGCAGUUUCAAUGGCAAAGAUGCAUAAAGAUUGCGGCCCCGUGUACUUACCACAAACGCUUAAUUUGCUAAGUUCGCCUUGUUGUACAGUGCUCUCCGUUACAAUUUUUUGUAUUGGCAUUAGCACAGUAUACAUGAUCCCAAUUCUAGCUCCAAUACGGCGGAAAAGUAGAUUGUGCUGUUUUAUAGGCACACUGACGUAGUUAAAAAAGUAUGUGGGUAGCACGCAAACAAAAACAUCAUAUCUGAAUUCCUCCAUCUUAAUUCACCUUCACCAUUGAAUUGAUCUAUAUAUAUCAAAAACAGCUACCAAAUUAACACUGAUUAAAUGUACGAAAGGGAAAACAAAUUAUAUGGCAUGUUUGCCUCCAGCAAUCUAAAUAUUUACUCUUACACCACAAUAUACAGUAUCACAAUUUUUCCGUAGAACUGCGAUGAUAGAAGAAGGAGGUACUUCAGGCCUGAAGUAUUCAAGUGUAUACAUGAGUGAUGGAUGUGUGCUCACGUCUUGACUCAUGGUUAGUUUAAUGUCUCGAGUUAGAGCUAUAGAUCAUUCAAGCGUGAUAGUAUGUCAUUGCAUUUGGAUGCUAAAUGACAUUACAUUAGGACGUCCACUGUGACUUCCUGUAACUAUGAACAAACUAUUGGAUGAAAUUAAAUAAUAUUUUUUUGAUGAUCUGCCUGGAAUAGAUUAUACUCUACUAAACAAAACAGACGGCUUGAGAACAAACUAGACAUGAUCAAUAAGACCUUUGAGAUACUUCCCUCUAGUAUUGCACAGUGACAGCAGUGCUGUGGCUCUGCCUCAUCACUUUAUUCUGGUAUACUUGGCCUGGAAUCUCCUGCCUGCAUUGCUAAUAGCAUGAUGGAUGAGAUUGCAUGUGAAAAACAGGAAAUCAACUGCCUACUCUCUUCUCACCUCUACAUCUCCAGAUGGUGAAGUUCAGAUUACUUUAGCAGAACUGGUAUUUCUGCAUCCGUUCUGCACUCUGAACAACAUUUUCUUGGUUUCAGAGCCCUGUUGCACCAGCUUGUGGAUGUUUUCUUAGCCGAUGUGGAAGAACAAAGGAUUAAAUGGAGCAAUAGCACCACGACACCCCCAACAACAAAAAUAGCUCUAUAAACUGCUGUCAAAUACCAAGUGCAAAUUAUGAAAGAUUCUUUGCGGCAAGGUUAAAAAAUAUUGAUCUAAACACGACUGCAGAAGCACAAACUAGGAAGUGGCUUUGUUGUUUUGGGUUUAAGCUUUUUAUCUCCCACCCCUCAGGCCAAUCGGGGGGUGUUAGUGGGAAGUUCUGCUUCCUCCACCAGCCAGCACUGAACUUUGAUGUCUCUAAAUGGCCUGUGUGUAUACAUACAGAUCCUAUGCUGAGGCUCAUGGGAAUUUGAAGCAUGGCACAGGAGGGCUCUGAGGUGGGGACAUCAACAAGGGACAAGCAUGGGGAAAAUGGAGUGAAAAAGCAGCCCCAUCUUCAUAUGCACAUACUGUAGCAACACAAGCCGGUCUGACACGUCCACUAAGCAUAUGUUCCAUCAAUAUGGAAACUAAAGUGCUGCUCUCUGGAUUACAGCGAGUCAAGUGCUGCAUGAAUUGAACUCCCCCAAAACAAUGAGUAAUGGCAGAGUGUCAUAGAGGGCCAAUUCAAAUAUGGCUGACUCAGUGGAGAGGUCAUAUGUCAUUGAGGAUCAUUUGAGAGGAUAAGAAUAUUAAUACUAUCUUCAAAGUUCUAUUCUGAGGUAAAACUGUGGAGGUAGAGUCGCUUGUUGAAACUACCAUACAGUGAUAAGAGACAAACAAUAUGAACAUACUGCUUUGUUAUAAGAUAUGGUCAACUAUGCAUUACACUUUAAAAGUACAACUAUAACUGCAAUACAGUAAGGAGUCUGACUUGUUAAUUGUUCAUGUAAAACAAAUACAAAAACAGAAUAGAGGUGAUCAGGAAAUAGUGCUGAAUAGUUAGUUUAACUAUUGUGGUAUUCCAUUCUUUAACUGCGGCGUAAUCAUUCUGACAAUUGACCCCUGUCCACUUUUAGCCCUGGGCUCCUUUACACUUGGUAUUAGGCUGGAAUCCUUAGAAACCAAUGUUUGCUCUUGGUCCAGCUGUUCACUCCUCUCAACAUAGAGGAGGAGGAGAAGAAGGUGGGGAGGAGGAGAGAGAGGAAGGGCGGUUAAUAAUGAAAAUGCUCCAAAUAGCUUCUUAGACCGCGGCAGACUGGGCUGCAGGGCCCUCUCCAUACGGGUGCCCUGACGCCAGACGUGUGGACUUCAAAGCCCCCUGUCAGUCCCCGUCCCCAGCUGCUUUUCUCUCACAGCUGGGCCUGCUGCCGGCACUGCCCCAGCGCUGGCCCGACCCAGCCUAGGGGACCACUGGAUUAUUUUUCUUUUUUUGUGAAAAGCUGGAAUAAAUUUUUUGAUCCCUCUGCUAACCCCUCUCAUUCCCAAAGCCAACUCACAUCCCCUCAAGCGGCAAGGCCCAGUUUUGAUUUCCCUAUAAAUCCUGGUUUUGGAGCGUGGAAGUGACUUGAUCCCAUUAUUCUAGUAUUAUAAGAGCGGCCAGAGGUGAUUCAAAAUACAAUUGUGACAGUCUGGGAUGGCUGCAGAGAUGCCAGAGAGUUAAAUUGUGAUGUUUUUACAUGUUGCAAAUAUUCAAUAAUGAGCUGUGUAAAAAAGUAGUGGACAUUGUUUCUCAAUGUCCUUGUGAAAUAGGAAUGAGCCCAACUGUUAUUUCAGGUGUAUGUUUCUUCUCCCUAGGAAAUUGCAUUAUUUUGUUAGAAUUCCUGAAAACACAUCCACUUCUAUUCAUGUGAUGAUAAUGCCUCAAAAAUUGCUAUCCUUCAAAUGAUUGCCGGCAAUAAUUUUGUAACAGUGUUAUCGUCAUGGUAAUGCAGGGCCACAAAAUUAUAUUUUCAGGUAGCACAAACAUACAAAUAACAUUAUUUUCAUUAUUGCCUGACACAUUUGAACCAGAUCUGUGUGAUACCAGAUUAGAUUAACUUUAUUUACAGCCUUAUUCUUUCCUAGAGCCGAUGCCAUGUCACUAUACAAAUUGCUAACACAUGGAUUACUUGAGGUGAGAUUGUGGUUAUUGCUAAUAAUACAAAAUGUUGUUCCACCAUGUGCUUGGAUUAUUUUCCUACAUGUUUUGAGAGGAUCAGAGAUCACACUAUUGCAUUUCAACUCAGAAAGGCUCCAAACUCUUCUCCAUCCACAUCAGGUGCAUUCUUUCCUGCUGCUUUGGACAUCAGUGAGGCAUUUGUUUCUGUCAUUUUCCACAGCUCCUGAACUUUGAGACUAAAAAGUCAUAUACACUGAAGGUGGAGGCGGCCAACAUUCGAUUUGAUCCCAACAGCGGCGUCCCCUUCAAGGAUACAGCCACAGUGAAGAUUGCAGUGGAAGAUUCAGAUGAACCCCCUGUCUUCUCCAAGCCCACAUUUGUCCUGCAGGUGGAUGAGAAUGCCCCCAUCAACACGGUUAUAGGAACGGUCACAGCCCGCGAUCCUGAUGUCACUGGCAGUCUGGUC